AUGACGAACUGGCGUGAAUUGGGUUUCGUGCCAAACUCAGACGACGAAGAUUCGGAUACAGCUUUGUCAACACAGGAUGACGGGGAAGAGUUUGGCAACGAAGUACAGGUGGUGAACAAGACUGAAGAGAGGGGAAAUGAAAUAGCUGCGGCUGGUUCAGUAACAGAUUCAACUACAUCUCGCCUCGGGCACUCAAUAAAGGAUACGGUUAAAAACGAUACCACCCGUGAAGGGUACAUUGAUAUAGAUCAAAUCCUCGGGGUUCUACCCAACAAAAAAGAUUCUGCGCAAAGCGCACAUAUAACUGGUCAAAUUAGUCAACAUGAAGACUCGGAAAUACAAUUAAAUGGAGUGGAUAUAAGGGGGAAUGAAAUCGAUAAGGCGGUUACGAUAGUGGAUAUAAGUAACCAGCCUGAAAUACCGGAGGAGCAGGAGGAUCAGGUACAGUUGGUCAGAACUAGGGAAGAUAGAAACAGUAUUUUAGGAAUUCCCAGGAUUACACAUGACGAGAGAAUUAUGUCCCCCCAGGGCGUUGAGAUUCUACCACGGGAGUGCCCUUAUCCCCCAGAGCAAGCCACAAAGAACGGGAAGACCUUCCUACAAUAUCAGGACGAAGACCAUCCAAUGCUAUCUGAAGAGGCCUGGGGACCCUCUACCCCUAUAAGACAAGAGUUCAGGCAAUCAGGCCCGACAAUUGAUAGUUCCUCGAUGAUAAAUUCUUCGCCGCUCUCCUCUGUGUCUUCCACCGACACUGUUACACCGAGACCCUCGUUAAUGUCGCAAAAAAUGGCUACAUUGACAACUGCAUUUCACAUUGCAGUCCCAAGCGUCAAUAACGAUCAUCAACAGUGGAGUGCCCCUGUUCGAAAUUUUCGGGAGCGGAAGCCAAUACAAAAAAAUCCCUAUCUAAUAGAAGGGGAGCGUUACCGUCAGACACUUCAAUCUCGUGGCGUAAAACCUUUGAGAAUACAAGAUAUUGACAAAGAGCCGAGGGGCGCACAAGGGGCGAGCAAGGAUUCCCAGGAAAACGAUUAUGUGGCACCUCCGGAGCCCGUUAAUCAGUCUAAACGUGUGAUUGAGGACGAGGUAUACCUUUAUAAUGAGGGGGACGAGGGACAUAGUCUACUUUCAGGCACAGAUACCCCCAGAGGUCAAAUGGGAUCGAAUAACUCUUUGCCAGGUGAAGCGAAACGAAGAAAAGUAGCCCACACGUACUCUAAACGAAGCUCCGUCCCGAAAUCCAAACAAGAUACUGUAAAUUCGGAUCAGAGGAAAGAGAAUCCUCGGUCUUUAGCUAGAGCUAGAGUAGAUGGAAGUUCCAGAGACUCCGAUAUUUACGAUAUGCCUAUAGACUCAUCUCCCCAGAUAAUCUCCAGAAAUCCUCUAGAGCAGAAAUCGUCUAAUCAUACUACUCGAAGCUUCCAUAAAUGGUCCACUAAUAUAACGAAGUCUAAAGACAAAUUACAGGGAUUAUUUGCUGGGAUGGAUUCCGACUCCGAGUCCGAAUCCGAAUCUGAUCUUGGUCAACAGAAUGAAUUAUCUCAGGCGGUCUCGGCAGCUCAAGCAUCACCUAUUAACCUCCUCUCUUCCCCCCUGAACUCAUCUUCUGAAACGGAAUUCGCGGAGGAGGAGGAGGAGGAAGAGGAAGAGGAAGAGGGGGGGGUGGGUGAGGUGGUAGUGGAGGAGGACUUUGAGGAUAGUGAGGAGCAAGAUGAGGAAGAUGAGGAAGACGAGUCGCAAUUGAUCCGGAAAUUCCAACGGAAAACCACUGGUGUACUUCCGGCGUCUUGGUGGAAGCUUAAUAAAGACCAACAAAUGGGCGGGUCUAGUACCAGGCGUAGUGCAAGAGGCGCUACACCCCCAGCAUCAGGUGGCAUACCAAGGCCGGGAGUCGCGAGAGCCAAAAUUUCUUCCAGAGCGCGGCCCCCAGAUUCAGACGUUUUCUCUGUGGGGCACAGUGAUCCAGACACUUCCAGUGAUGAGCCACUAAUAUUGGCUUCGAUUCCGGCAAAAAGGUCUACUGGAGAAAGAAGUACGCCGAGAAGUGACGGUAUUGACUUUGAUGAUGUUGUUGAGGAUGACAGAAUUGAUCGAAUGCUUCCUGGAAUUCCUAGAAGAGGUACUAGGCAAACAAAGGGAGGGAGGCGCCAAGUGAGGAGUAAUGCUUCUCAUAAGGCUACUGGCAUGAGCCAUGAUAGAGAUACAAUUUCAGCUUCAAAACGGGGAAACAAUUUCACCCGCCUUCGCCAACCAAAGAUAACAGACCAUAUUUCAUCGAAGAAUGGCAGGUCCACAAGAGCUAAGAGAUCAGCAGCUCCAAAGCUAGGAAUCUUAGAUGCAGCACAAUACUAUCGAGCUACCACUUCUACUGCACUUCCCUUAUUCAUAAAGAUUGCAGAAAGGGAGGUUAGAAAAAGGAGGGACCAGGGUCGACAAAGCCCAUCAAGGAAGUUGUUCUUUUUGGAAACAGAAACAGACACGAGAGACAUACAAUCUGUUCUACGUGAUUGGAGAGAGGGAACUUUAGAUUGUGUCGCGCAGACUAAUAGCUACAACCACCGGGGAAGGAACUCUGAGAACCAAACAUCAAGUCAUCAAUUAAGAUUAGCGUCUCCUCAAGAUCUUGGUGACGUGCAAGUACACUCACCAGAGAGGUUACCCAAACCUCCACGUACCUUUAAACGCUCACAGCCAAGAAGACAAGGAGGUCGACAAAGCACACUAUUGAAUGUUGUACGGAGAGGGCCGGUGUCUCGGAAGCUUGUUUCUACCCGCCCUCUGCCAAAAUCUCACGUCAAUCCUAUCACGUCCGUAUCAGGCUGGAGCGUGUUUACGACUCAUGCGCCGAGAUUCACACCUCAACCCGCCCAGUAUGAAAUCGAGAAACCCAUGAAUUAUACACUCAGGAGACUACAUCAGGUCCCUCGAAGAGCCGCUACUCCUGAUCUAACUCUACUGCUACAAAACCUAGCGCAGAGGAAUUCGCAGUUUAUGGAGGAAAGCUAUUUAUUUGACUCUAGGCCACAUAGAACGCCAAUAAUCCAUGAUGACUCGACCGAUUCUCCCUCGGAAACAACUAUGCCGCCUAGACCUAUUCCAAGAGCACGUCGGAAACGCAUAGCGAAAAGAGUUGAUGUUGAUAUAAUUGAACGUCGGCAACCCCCACCUCAGGAUAUCAUCCUCGAGGAUGUGGAAUAUUAUCCUCCAGACGAAUUGCCUAUGACUAUCAAGCCUGUACUUCAAGGUUUAUUGAAGUAUGGAGGUUUAUUGAAGUAUGGCAAUAGAUACUCGCUCAAUUUCGAUACCAUGCCUUUAAAGCCAGGAACAUUCUUCAAUAGUCAUACAUUUAUUGGAGAUGGAGGAUUGUCCAGAGCCUUGAAUACUGCCCCAAUCAAAGAAGGGCGGAGUAACCCAGGUAUUAGUUUCACAUUUGGAGAUAAAAUACUGCAUUGGGGGCUAUAUCAAGACUCUAUUGCAGCAGAAUUUGAAAUAAUCAUGAAUCAGAUCGCAGAUUCUGCUGAGAAAACACAAGGCGCCAAUGAUCUAGGUGGGGCUGAAAUCAAUUUUCUUGCCGCUCAGGUGUAUUCUUUCUCGCAAUUUUUUUCAAAUUAUCUUGCUAGCUUUAUCAAUUUCUCGGAUUCCAUCGACCUAAUAUCGUUCGGGCAAAGGAUUCUGCAAGCUCUCGAUGAUUGUUGUGAUCGUGUCUUGACAACGUUUGGGGGAAAUCCUUAUUCUAGCUCAAAAAAUGCGUCAACUCGUCUAACAGUCCAGCUAUUAGCAUUCAAUCUGGUGUUCAAGUUUCAAAUAUAUCAGCUUGCACCAGCGGAUGAAGAGGUCAGGACUAGACUUGAAAUUGAGAAGUCAAUGCGAAAAGCGGGCCAAUAUCUUCUCGGACAGCUUUUAAAAUGUGGGUUGGACGAUGUCAGAGCAUGUUAUGAGGAUCAGAGGCAGAGAAAUAAGCACGAGAGAGGCAUUGAUCAAGGAUAUUAUAUUGUAGAGGCAUGGGUUAUUUCCAUUCAAAUUUUGAACCAAGCAAGGGCUUUAGAUAUCGGGUUCUGGCAACUUUUCAACCACGAAUCACGACUUACUGAAAUUGAAAAGUCAUUGGAUAUCCGAUCAUUCGAACAUAUUUGGCGUAUUAUUUUUACUUCCCUUCCGCUGCACCAAUUCGACCACCUAGGAUUCAUAAAACAGCCGCCAAAUGACAGUCCUCUGGAGAACUGGUCUUUAAUCAAGACGCUAGUCACUCGGCCUCUUAAAAUUUAUCACGAAAAUCCCGAAGGCCAUUCCGGUACCAUCAUUGAUUAUUGUCGUAUUUUAUACUCGAGAUGUUAUCACUUAAUCAGUUCGUGGGGCUGGGCGAAUCCAGACCUCAUAAUUCCUACUCUUUAUCAAUUCUUCGCGAGCAGCCAGUUAGCCAACCUCAAAAAUGAAAAAGGAUACGGAUCUGUGGGAUUUCUUCAAGACCUUGAAAAGGCCCCAUCAUUAGCUAUUCAAGAUUCGGAUCGUUGCUUCCAUCUUCUGUUAAAGACGAUUGCACUGGGUAUUGAUACGAUAAAAACCACAUCAAAUUCAGAAUUCACUAUAAAAAAGAUUAGCAACAUGGUCAUCAGACUUAUGCCAAAUCACAGACGGCAGUACCCAAAAGAAGAAAAGCUUCGUAUAGAGCACCUAAAUGCUUUGAGGAAUCACCACGAUCUUCUCGCAACGCUUUAUUGGGCGGCUCCGCCAGAUUGCAGGCCUCCUUUGGAUGCAAUUAUCAACCUGGUUGAUCCGGAAACGAGUCAUCUGGGAGCCUGUGAUGUUAGCGUCCGAACUUGGUCAAACCUACUUCGUUUUAAAUUACAUAGCGGGGAGAACAUAAAUGGAUUGGAACCUUUUGUUCAGUGGUUUGAUGAGAUUGUUAGUCAAAUAUUAAGUCAACAUAACGCAGCACGGAGUGAAGCCGAGAAGAUUUUCAAAGCUUCUAAGGAGAAAGGCAACGACAUAUCGGAAGAUUUGCUGGAAGUAAAUAUUCGACGCAAUCAAAAACAGUUAGAAGACAUUUUAGUCAAUGCAUUCGAACGCUUAAAUACCGCACUUUCAGAAAUGGCUGGUAAUGUUGAGAGUGUUGUCAGGAUUCUAAGCAAAGUAUCGAUAUCGAGUAUACUGCAUUCUCACAAUCGCUUAUCACACAAACUAGUUAUUGCAGUUCUUCAUGUUGUGAAACAGUAUGUGUAUUCCUGCAAGAAAAAUGAUGAUUUACCGCCAUCCACGUCUCAGGUCGAUGAAGAUAGCCAAGACUAUGGGGAUUGGUCAGGCUUCGACGAUCUGGUUGUCCAGGAUGCAAAAAAAGAUGCCGGAAAGCAUCUUUCCGAUACCAUUUAUGACUCUCUUCGACAGAUGCUUUCCAAUUGCUUUGGUGCAGAUAAACAGCCGGAAGAAACCUUGCUUGUAGAAGUCAUUGAUACCUGGGUACUUGUAAUCGGAUUUCUUGUACAAACUGGGUUCAAGGAGUGGGGUGUUUAUCUCAAUACCUAUAGUCAUGAAUCAUGGGCACAUCUUCGUGAUACCGAACAAACUCGAAAGUUUACAUCUUAUUUUAUGACAAAGGUCAUACAAGCCGGGCCAGAUACAUACGAACUAAACAAAGAAGCAUUUCUUUCUUUCUGGUUUAAGACUUUGGUGGAACGAGAAUCUAUGCUUAAAUUUCAGAACACAUAUACUGCAACCCUUCUCAAUUGCGAUCCUCGCAACCCUAUCUUUGAAAACCUCCCCUUCGUACGGGAUGAAUCUAGCAAACAGUUUAGCAUUUCUCAAAGUGAUUUCCGCUUCCGCAGGCUAUCCCUCAUAUCAUCGGUACUGGCGAAUAUGAGAAAGUCUUAUGAGGUGACUCGUGACGAGUCACCAAUAAAGGGAAAUUCAAUCAAACAAGAAUACUCAAGGAUGCUUCAAUCCAUGAUGAAAUCGAUGAAAGAUAACUAUCAGGAGUUGCAAACGAAGGCAACGUCUGGUGCUUAUGUCGAGUUUGUGCAAACUGUCAUAGGAUACUUGCAGCAGCACACCAUUGACCUCAUUAGUGUUGAUGUGUUUUUCGUUAACCCUGAGUUUUUUCCGCUUCCCGCAACAGAUCCCACGUACGUCGUUGGUAAACUCAAAAACUACGGAUUAAAGCUUCAUAAUCAAAGGGGUCAAAAACAACUUACUUCUUUCAUUCAGUCAGUUUUUGAAAGAGCAGCUGUUGAUGGCGAGCAGAAAUAUCUGCCUUCGGAAAUUUUAUUGCCUUCGGUAUUAGGCUCACUCACAAUCAUUUUUAACUCUCUCGGCGGAAUCAUUCAACUUGUCGAUUGGCUGUCAGCACCUGAAGUCGACUCUAUGAAAAAUCUUUCCGAAGUUGCAUACGACUGCGCAAGCUUUUUGAUUAAAUACUCUGGAUAUGUAAGAGACCUAAUCGAAAAUCGCGAGACGCAGAUUCCAACCGAUGUACGGGUAAACCAAACGUUUGAGGGGCGGUAUCGGGCCGCUCACAAAGAGUACAUUGUUCUACUCAAAAACUCGUUUUCAAAAGAAUGGCACAGUUAUGGAGGGUCGUGGUUUGUAGUGCGUGGUGCGAAAAGAUCGGAAGUGAUUCCGCCAGUUAUCUAUGGAGAACGAGAAGGUAUCGAGGUACAAAAGAGAGAGUUUUCAAGGACAGUCGAAAAUUUAGUGAAGAUGGCCUGUCGAACUGAGAUGUUUGAAGAGGUUGGUUUUAGUGUUGAUCCCAGUAUCUGGGAGUAUGAAGGGAGGGGAGCGCCCCAUAGUGAUGGUGUUCGUGGAAGGAAUCGCGCAAGGGCAUCGCGGACGUUAGAAAAUCUGUUUUUUUAG